AUGACGGUAGUGAAAAAUGAGAAGAACGAAUUGAUCUCUACACGAACAGUCACAGGUUGGCGAAUCUGUAUGGAUUAUAGGAAGUUGAACUUGGCUACCAAAAAGGACCAUUUCCCACUGCCAUUCAUUGAUCAUAUGCUAGAUAGAUUGGUAGGGAGGUCUCACUUUUCUUUCUGGAUGGGUACUCGAGGUAUAAUCAGAUUUCUAUUGCCCCGGAGGAUAGAGAGAAAACGUCGUGCACUUGCCCUUAUGGUAUCUAUGCCUUUUGGAGAAUGUCGUUUGGCCUAUGCCGUACCCACCACAUUCCAAAGGUGCAUGAUUGCCAUCUUCAUAGAUAUGGUAGAGGAUAUAAUGGAGGUGUUCAUGGAUGACUUCUCAGUGGUGGGGAAUUCAUUCGAUGAUUGCCAUGUGAACUUGAGAAGAGUUUUGAAAAGGUGUAUCAAGACUAAUCUGGUACUCAACUGGGAAAAAUGCCAUUUCAUGGUACAGGAAGGUAGUUUUGGACACCUAGUGUCAAGUAAAGGUAUUGAGGUGGAUCGUGCAAAGGUUGAUGUGAUAGAAAAGCUUCCACCACCCACCUUUGUCAAAGCAAUCGGAAAUUUUCUUGGGCACGCCGGUAGGACGUUGAGUGAAGCCCAGAUAAAUUACACUAUGACCGAGAAGGAGAUGUUAGUAGUGGUGUUCGCAUUUGACAAGUUCAGGUCAUACCUGAUAAGCUUGAAGAUCAGUGACUGGAAGGGAACAAAGAACCAAGUAGCUGAUCAUUUAUCUGGGCUGGAAGGAGCUGAAAAGAAGGUUAAGGUAGAAGAGAUUCUAGAAACUUUUUCAGAUGAACAACUACUAGCCACGAGUCUCAAGGAAGCGCCAUGGAUUUGUGUUGAUAACACGAUUCGUAGAUGUAUCCCCGAGAUAGACCAGUUUUCUAUUUUGCAGGGGUGUGAUGAGUGCCAACGAACUGGGAAUAUUUUUCGCCGAUAUGAGAUGUCGAUGAACCCAAUUCAGGAGGUAGAAGUGUUUGAUGUAUGGAGGAUCGACUUCAUAGGGCCUUUCGUUAGCUCAUAUGGCAACAAGUAUAUACUCGUCGCUGUGGACUACGUGUCCAAAUGGGUGGAAGUUGUUGCACUCUCUACAAAUGAUGCAAAGGGGGUAAUUGGCUUUUUGAAAAAGAACAUAUUCACCAGAUUUGGCACCCCAAUGGCAAUAAUCAGUGAUGAAGACACUCACUUUUGUAAUCGAGCCUCCGCAAAGUUGUUGGAGAAGUAUGAUGUACACCACAAGGUGGCCACCCCAUAUCAUCCACAAACAAGCGGGCAAGUGGAGGUCUCAAACAAAGAAAUAAAGAGCAUGUUGACUAAGACUGUGAAUGCCACUAGAAUAGAUUGGGCGAGGAAGUUAGAUGAUACACUUUGGGCUUAUCAAACCGCUUUCAAAACUUUAAUCGGCAUGUCGCCAUACAAGUUGGUAUUUGGGAAGGAACGAAGAUGCCGGCCACAAAAGAUACAGGCAAAGGGAAGUCUACUUCAUCGGCCUAAGCUAAAGCAAAUGCGACCUCUGCACCUCCUCCAAAGAAAAGAAAGAAGGGAGAAGUUGCCUCUAGUAUGA